AGUUAUUUUUGCGUUCUUUACCUCCUCAACUGACAAGCUUCAGUAAACAUUUUGUUUUAUUCUGUUUUAUACUUCGUUUCCAAUUUACUACGUAAUAUAUGGUUUUUAUUCUGUUUUAUAUAUUCCACCGGAAAUGUUUUAUUACUAAUUAUCAACAAAGUACUACUUCUAAAACUUUCUUAUAAUUAUUACCAAAUUGUAAAAUUUCUAUAUUUCUCGUAUCAAUCUGUAUAUUUUAGAGUUUACGAGUUUGUAAUAAUUUGAGAUUAGAAUGGCUUCUAAAUUUUAUUUGAUUUAUGCAUUUUUAUGUGUUAUACCUGUUAUUUACGCGUGCAACGAAGCAAUAUGUGCUAGUGUAGUGUCCAAAUGUAUGUUAACACAAUCAUGUAAAUGUGAUUUAAAAGAUUGCUCUUGUUGCAAGGACUGCUUUAACUGCCUCAGUUACUUGUAUGAUGAAUGUUGCAGCUGUGUGGACAUGUGUCCAAAACCAAAUGAUACACACACCGAGCUAUCCAAAUCGUCCUAUGUGGAGGAACUGGUUGAUGGUGUGCCUGGACUCUUCUCAGCUUUGACAAGUGAAGCCGAUCCUCGGGAAAGGUGGUUAUCCAUAACUUACCCUGUGGACUUUGACCUGUCAAAGUUCAGGCCUGCUUCUGAAAAACAAGUGGUGUAUCAUUUGCAGAGUAUUGAACAAGAGCCGGAGCCAAUCAGCCGCGACAUCAUCACACUGAACUGCACUGUCGCGUAUCUCUCGCAGUGCAUGUCCAGUGACAAAUGCCGCGCCUCAUGUCGCUCUAUGGGCGCCAAUAGUUUACGAUGGUUCCAUGAUGGAUGCUGCGAGUGUGUUGGCGAGAAGUGUUUAUAUUAUGGCAUUAACGAAAGCAGGUGUCUGGCGUGUCCUAACGGCAAGGGGUCGCCAAGUCUCAUCUUGGACGACGACCUCAGCUACGACGACCUUGAUUACGGCGAGGAAGUAGACACCCAAUCUGUCUAACAUUCCCUAUUGUAAUAUCUAAUUUUUUUCUUCUCAAUGAAAUCGUUAACGCUUUAAUAUACAUAAACAUAAGCAUAUGGUCACUCAGCUGUUUAGAUACCACCGUUAUUCACACUACGAAUCGUUAUGAAUGCUAAUCGUUUUCAUGAACUUUGACCUUUUUUACACGCAUGUAAAAUUAUGGAUACUUCCGCCUUGUCCAGCAAGAUAAGUCGUUUUUACUUUUUAUAUUAAAGGGAAAUAUAAUACGUAAUUUUUAAACACUAUUUCCUUUAGAAAUUCCAUUAAAUUAUAAAUUAAUUUACUCGUAGAACAUUAGAUCUGGAUCAAGAAAGUUAUGAUUACACUCAUAUGUUGUAGCAUGAUGCAAGUGACAGCUUACAGUUUCUACAGUAAAGAAACUGUAUUGAGUAAGAUUUUUGUAGUAAAGGUCAAUGUAAUAAUCAUAACUGAUAUUUCAAAUCAAUUGAGUCGAAUAUAGUGAAUAUAUAUUAAUUGUGUUAUUAAUUAUAACUACUUGAUUGAGCUGUUCUUUGAUAUCGAUAGGAACUAAGCCGGACAUGUAUUUGUAAACUUAGACUUGGCUUACAAGAUGACAGCUUUACAUACCCUCCAUGUAACAAUCGUUUUUAAAUUAACUACUUAAAUGUUUUUUUUUUAAUGGUUGCCAUAGAGUAUAGUAAUAGUAGGAUCAAACCAACAGCAAUUAUACCUUUUAUAAUAGUACUUCCUCUAAUAGUACUCAUGAAAUUGGACAAUAAACAACGAUGGCAUUUUCAUUGUGAAUGUAAAAUCGUGUAUCUUUUUUUUUAUUUUUAAUCAUUAAAAUAUUUCUUUGCAAUUAAGCAGAAUUUGUUUCAAAAACUAUCAUUCAUAAUGAAAUAAUAUAACUAUAAUUAAAUAACCAUAUAAAUUUGUUUAUAACUAUUGUAAUAAUAAGUUAAUAUUAGAUGUAACAUCACAAAAUGAUCUGCCAUAUUUUUUAAAACAAUAUCAUGAGCCGUGCAUUUUAAGAGAAAAAUAUUUACACAAAUUGCUGAAUACUUUUAAAUAUAAUAUUAAUAUAUUCUACUUUUAUACAUAUAAAUUAGUGUUAAAGCUAACAUAAGUCUUCCAUCUAUUUAAUCUAACGACUACAAGUUUAGAGAAUGACAUCAGAAUCUAUUAUUUUUUUUACAAGUAAUAGAUGCUGCAAACUGUAUUAUUAAAAAUUGCCUUAUUUGUCUAGAGUUAAUUAAUAAUAUAAUUAUAAGUAUAAUGGUUAAUUCUGAGGUGUUAUUCCCUACAUUUAUCUCUCAAACUAAAAUUUUAAUUUUGGUAUCACGGAUCAUCAACAACCAGAUAUAAAACAAUUAUAACUGGAUACUGUUGCAAAUAUAGUGUAUUACCAUAACAAUUUCAACAUAAGAAUAAUUUUUAAUCAAGUAAUUUAAGUAUAAGCAAUUUUUAAAUUAUAUUUCUUUUUUUAUAAUUCUACCAUCCAUUCAGGAUACCAUUUCAGCUAAGAAGAAUGGGCAAGAAACUAAACUGUAGCUUUUUUCAAAUCUAUCAAUAUCAAGGUCAAUAGAGACGAAGAAUUCUUUGAAAUAUUAUUAAUGUAAUAUCAAAUGAAAUUUUAGUUUUAGAAAUAGGUAAUGUAGACAUUUGAAUUCAGAAUUGAUGCUUUAGUUGUAAUUUUGUAACAUGGUAAGGGAAACUUAAUUUAAUAGGAGGUAUUUAGCAAUUUUAACAAUUAUUAUGCUUAAGUUUUUUUUAUACAAUUUUUGAAAUUAUAUUUAUCUACUUAUUUUUAACCAAUAUAAUCGUAACAUAGACUUUGUUGUACAAUUAAGAAUCAUUCAGUAUUUUAAUUUAUAUUUCUAAUAUCAUGAAUAGUUUUCAAUUUAUAAUAAUGUGAAGCAAUGACAUUAUAUGUGUUGGGUAAAACCUGUGGCGGCUGUAAAUUUCCUUAGAAACUAUAGUCGUAAAAUUAUCUGUUUGAUCAAGAGAAAGACCACAUACUAUGUUACGAAUAAUUAUAUAUCAAAGAAAUUGUAUUUAAAAGAAUGUCAGAAAUACAGAAUUGGCUGCCCGAUCUGCUUAUAGCAAGUCGAAGAAUGCAGGUGUCUCAAAAUACUUUCUUGUGGUAGUCAAAAAGUGUAUAAUGAAUUGUUUAAUUAUUUUUUCAAUACUCAAUAACAAAAUUUCCUUUAAACUUAUUAUUGGUAUCCGUCCCUUUCAUACCUACUAAGUCGGUAUUAAAUUAUUGAGAUUACAUCUCUUGUAUUGUAAUAUUAGAUAGAUAUAUUUAAUAUUAAAAUUUAACGUAUUAUUAGAUAGAAAUAGUUAAACAUAAGUUAUUGUUCUUGCUGAACACUAGAUAAGAGUAAAUACGCCGCGCAUAUUGCGGCAAGGUAGGAAAUAAUCCAGUCUCAAAGUGCCAAAUGUUCGAACAAAAGUAUUGCCAGUUUUGGUGGCUUCUAAUGACAUUGCAAAAAUGAAUUAUUAUGACCCAUUCUCAUUAAAGCUCUUCUCUCAUUAUGUGAUAAUUAAAAAAAAAAUUGUGUUAAAAUAUAUUAAAAAAAAACAAAGUCUGCACUAAAAAAAAUUCGACAUUGUCGCGUAGAAACAACGUGUAUAUUUUUAUUUAUUUAUUUUUGAUAAUCAAACGUUACAUAAAUCUUAUAUAUAAAAAUCUCGUGUCAUGUUGUGGUCGAACUCCUCUGAAACAGCUCGACCGAUUUUUAUGAAAUUAUCAGGUAUGAGAAUAGGUCGUAAAGUAUAUUUCAUAUCACCUAAUGAUUACAGUAUCCUUAUCCAGAAAAAAUAAUUUAUAUGGCAGGAAAAUGUUUGCCUGAUCAGCUAGUAACAUAUAAGUAGUUUAGACAUAUUGAAGCCAUUAAUAAGUUGCAGAUAAGUUUAUAUCUAGAUGAUCUAAAUCUAGAUCCAUGAACACUUCAAAUACAUAAUAUAAAUAUAAAAUUGCUGUAUAUUCAUAUAUUUGUGUAUUCAUUACGAUCACAUACUGAUUUAGUGUUGGGGGAAACAUCAGGUGGUUAUGAGUCAAAUCAGCUCCACUAUACACUGGCUUACUGUGUAGAAAUUUUAUUCAGCUUCUUAAGUUUUAAUGUCUUAUGCCACAGUAAAUAAAUAAGUAAAUAAUAAUGUAACCAUUUUAUACAUAACAGUAAUAAUGUGAUACCACAAAACCCGCACGAUAUCUUUAACAUAUACAAUGUAUUAGAUUAUAUUAGCAGAAAUUAGAAAUACAGUUUGUUGAUAUGAAUGAUAAAAAAUGACGGUUUAAAAGUAUUUGUACAAGUUUUAUUUUAAGACUUGCUAGCACGAUAUUAGCAUUCCUAUUUAAGGGCCUCUUAACGUGAAUUGACUUCCUCACUUGAGAUAACUUUGGAGAACGUCUCAAAAUAUAUUUAAUUGUUUGUCAAUAUUAGUCACCAAUGCGAUUUUAAGGUAUCGUGUUGAAACAAGCGGAAUCUCAAUUUUGAUAUUGCCAUAACAUUAUUAUACAACUUAUGAAUAUAGUGCCUUAUUUAUGAUAUAAAUUUUUCAAUAACUUUUAGCUUUAUAAAAGGAAAUAUAUGUUUUUUUACUCUA